CAAGAGCACAAAGCAGAAACAGGAGCCACCAGUCAAAACAAAGGGGGAAGCUGACGCUGAAGGAGAAACUGCAGUGAAUCCCAAGGGAGAAGCUUUUUAAUUUCUUUUGGAUCACUGUUCACUGCAAGGCUGUUAGUCAAAUUUUUUGGUCUGCUUAUUCAUAUUUUUUCCCCCAGCUAUCCACAGUAGAUCUCAUCAUGAGACACUGUGCUUUAGUUGUGUGUUUAGUUUUGGGGAUAAGCCUGAAGGAUGGAUGGAGCCUUCCCCUCAAGUCCGUCAUGGUCACCUUCCCAGGAGACAUCAUCAAAAACAUGACUGAUACGGAUUUGGCACAAACCUACCUGAAGAGGUUUGGCUACUUAGACAGGGUGCAUCGCAGUGGCUUCCAGUCUAUGGUGUCCACCUCCAAGGCUUUGAAAAGGAUGCAGAGGCAGAUGGGGCUGGAGGAGACUGGAGAUCUGGAUAAGUCCACGCUGGAGGCCAUGAAGCGGCCUCGCUGUGGGGUUCCCGAUGUGGCCAACUACCAAACCUUUGAAGGAGACCUCAAAUGGGAUCAUAGGGACGUCACUUACAGGAUCAUUAACUAUUCUCCGGACAUGGAGAGCUCUCUGAUUGAUGACAGCUUUGCCAGAGCCUUCAAGGUGUGGAGCGAUGUGACCCCUCUGACUUUUACCCGCCUCUUUGAUGGGACAGCUGACAUCAUGAUAUCAUUUGGAAAAGCCAACCACGGAGACCCAUACCCAUUCGAUGGCAAGGAUGGCCUUCUGGCCCAUGCUUAUCCCCCUGGUGAGGGUUUGCAGGGAGACGCUCACUUUGACGAUGAUGAGCACUGGACCUUGGGUAAAGGACCAGCUGUGAAGACACGCUAUGGGAAUGCAGAUGGUGCCAUUUGCCAUUUCCCCUUCACCUUCGAGGGCAAGACCUACACUACCUGUACCACGGAUGGCCGCACGGACAACCUGCCAUGGUGUGCCACUACAGCCGAUUACAGCAAAGACAAAACAUUUGGCUUCUGCCCAAGUGAGCUUCUGUACACUUUUGGAGGAAACGCCGACGGAGCUGAGUGUGUCUUCCCCUUUGUCUUCCUGGACAAGGAAUAUGACAGCUGUACCACAGAGGGCCGCAGUGAUGGUUACCGCUGGUGUGCCACCACAGACAACUUUGACAGAGACAUUAAGUAUGGAUUCUGUCCCAGUCGUGACACUGCAGUGACCGGUGGCAAUUCUGAGGGAGAGCCUUGCCAAUUUCCCUUUGUGUUCCUGGGUAAGGCGUAUGACUCCUGCACCAGUGAGGGACGUGGAGAUGGCAAGUUGUGGUGCAGUACCACUGACAACUAUGAUGAGGAUAAGAAAUGGGGCUUUUGUCCUGACCAGGGUUACAGUCUGUUCCUGGUGGCAGCCCAUGAGUUUGGACAUGCGCUUGGCCUGGAUCACUCUAACAUUAGAGAGGCUCUCAUGUACCCCAUGUACGCCUAUGUGGAAGACUUCUCCCUGAAUAAAGAUGACAUUGAAGGCAUUCAGUAUCUCUAUGGACCUAAAAUAGGCCCUGUUCCCACCCCCCCUCAGCCCACCACCCCCACCACCCCCUACCCAGACCCUGAUGAGACUGAUCCCACAGAUGAGCCUGAGCCCACAAAACCUGUGGAUCCGACCAAAGAUGCUUGCAAGUUGGACAAAUUUGAUUCCAUCACUGUGACUGAGGGAGAACUACACUUUUUCAAGGAUGGACUUUACUGGAAGAUGUCCAGCAGGAGUGAUGGAGUACUCAAGGGGCCAUUUUCUAUUUCUAAGAGGUGGCCCGCUCUGCCACCAGUCAUUGACUCUGCUUUUGAGGACCCUCUGACCAAGAAAUUGUAUUUCUUCUCAGGGAACAGAUUCUGGGUGUACACAGGGCAGAGUGUUCUGGGGCCCCGCAGCAUUGAGAAGCUCGGCCUCCCCAACAGUAUUCAGAAGGUAGAGGGAGCACUGCAGAGGGGGAAAGGCAAAGUGCUGCUCUUCAGUGGGGAGAACUUCUGGAGGCUUGAUGUCAAGGCCCAGAAAAUCGACAAUGGGUACCCAAGAUACACAGAUAUUGUCUUUGGUGGCGUCCCCAACGACGCUCAUGAUGUAUUCCAGCACAAAGGUCACAUCUACUUCUGCCGUGACCGCUUCUACUGGCGUAUGAAUUCCCGCAGGCAGGUGGAUCGUGUCGGCUAUGUGAAAUAUGACCUCCUCAAGUGCUCUGAUUCUUCAGGCUCCCGCUACUGAGAAGAUUAACCAACAAGGAUGAGCUCAAAACCUGGUGUCAGGGAGAAUGUGAUGCAGUAUUUGUGUAGCGCCUGUUGUACGUGUGCUUUUUGGGAUGUAAAUGAUUGACCAUCACUGAUGUUGGCAAAUUCUAAAGCGUGGAAUAUCUGCCUAAAAUUAAGCCAAAGGCCCCAUACAGGAAUGCAAAUUGUGAUCAUUGAUGCUGACUUGCCCUGAGUCUGAUAAUCUGUGAACUGAUAUGGUAGCCUAACAUUUUUGGACCAAUAACAACAACUUUAAUAUUCUAGAAAGCUGUCUGGAUCUGACUCCAGAUUUUCUUAACUAUUUCUUUAUGUCUGACAGGUUCAGACUCUUAACAGUAUUAGAUUAUUUUGGUAUUUAAAGCAAUAUCUUAUAUUAUUUUGUGUCCUAAAGCCUAUUUGUUUUGUAUAAUUCUAUUUGUGUAUUUCUCAAAAUGGCUUCAAAGCCAAUUACUUGCACUGGAAGACAAUGCAUGUCUCCUUCACUGAAAUUAUUUAUGAAAAUUAUGUUUUGUAUUAGAGUUUUAACUUUAAAUGCAAUAAACAUUUCUUGGAAACUA